AAUGUUUGGAAUAUAAAGAUAGGUGGUGUAACAGUUUUUAGAGUGGGUGGUGUAACAGUUUUUAGGGUGGGUGGUGUAACAGUUUUUAGGGAUGGGGUAACUGUUGCUAAAAGGGGAGAGUAA